ACGCUUGUCCAUCUCUUAUUCAAAGUGAAUUUGCAAAAUUUACAAGUUUACCAAAAAUUAGAAGGAGGAUUCAGUACAAAUCGAAGGCUAGAUUGUUUCAUUAUGGGAAGCGUUUCACCGUUUACACACGCUGGCAGUAACAAUUUUUUUGGCUCGUAUGCCAUGCCAAUAGGAUUCCGGACGGGGGCCUAUUCAUUCAAUGGCCACAGAAUAGCCCGUUUUCUGCUGAAUGCAGUCGGGGUCAUAGAAAGUGAGGAGGCGGUUGGCGACAUGGCAGAUGGUCUGGCCAGUGCCCUUAAUGUGUCAUCAACUAUAUCACUGAUCCCGAUCCAGAGCCCCUUGGUCAUUGGCUGCGUUGGGGAUCGUGCUACAGGCCUCAUUGUCGGCUAUGGUGUUGGCCAAUACCAGCCACAUCCGGUGGUCAACCAGAACGGCGAGUACGCAGGUCAGGCCUGGCACAGAGAGGUGCGAGGCUUUUCGUUCGACGAUUACGAUGAUAGCAGCAACAUUGUCGCACGAUUCAUCACUGGCAUAAUGCUUCGGAUGAACAAUAAUAAUCAAUAAUCAAACUAUAUAAUUAAUAUAAUGAUGUUGUAUUUAAUGCAAUAAAUUGUCAAAAUCGGCUCAA